CGUAUGCUGCCCAAAAAUAAGCGCUUCCAAGAUAUUGGUGGCACGCCACAGUUCAAGGUGGCCAACCAAACGUUGGUGGCCAGAAAGAAAAAGACCGUCUCUGUUUUGCUCUCUUUGCUGGCUGCUAUCCACAUUGGGGUCUCGAAUUCACCUUGGAUUUCGUAGCGUAGAACAAAGGCUCCGUCCGUCCGUCAAGCAUCCUCUGUCGCAGGUGAAUUGGCUCUAAAUGUCUCCGCCUGUUCCGCUGGAUUCCGGCUACCAGAUAAGGCGGCGUGGCAUGUUGAAAUUUAUUUGAUCUCCUCUCUGUUGUCUGUUGUACUGGCUUAACAUGAAGUUUCCAACGCAGGAUGAUCUAAUAGCUGUUAGUUCUUGGUAGCAUCGAUCACAUCAAGAAGGAUUCAAAGGAAAAAAGUGCAAUUGAAAUAAAGUUUCACCACACGAAACCUAAGCGAGAAGCCGAUGGCAAGCACUGAUGAUCCGAAGAACGAGCCGUCGUCCCCUUGGUCCAUUUUUAAUUGGAAUAACAAAGCAGAGCCGGAGGUCGAGCAACCCAGAAUGAGAAGCACCCAAGAGAUCCUUACAAAAUAUAAAUUCAACGGGGAUGCUGCCGCGGCAGCGGCGCACGCGAAGGAUAAGCUCAUGGAGCGGCAGGAGAAACUCGCGAAAAUGGUCGAAGAAUCUGCAGAGUUUGAGAGCGAGGCGGAAAACUUUGCCACCCUCGGCCAGCAGGUCAGGAAAUCCCUGGAGACCAAGAGAUGGUGGUGGCCAUCGUGAUUCAUAAACCAAUCGUCCGGUCAUCAAGCGAUGUGAUGUGAUGUAGUGUAAAAAACGCUUCUUAUAUUAUGGGACGGAGGGAGUAAUACCAAUGCGUUUAGCGUGCCUGGCUGCUGCACUGGUCUGCGCAUGCUAAAUGAAACGAGAGCAAGACGUUGCCUUUUAGCAACAAGUGGGAAUGAUUGUGGACGGAUA